CACAGCUUUUCGAAAUUAGUUCUAGUGAGUCUGUGAAAGUGUGAGCGACUGCGAGGCGCGAUCAAUUGGCAAACAACCGCAAGCGGAUCAACUGCUCCACACGCCACGCCGAAUACCGAGUACCAUCGAAUAUCGCCGAAUUUAAAAAGCGGACUACACACGAGUAUACACGCUACCCACAAGCGACAGCAACCAGAGCAACAACACAAACACAUCACGUGCAACAUGUCGCAUCAGUGCAGCUGCGGUCGCGACCUCAACAACAACUACGUCUCCUACACGAACGCCUACGCCAAUGCGAAUGCCUCCUUGGACCGCGAGGCGGCCACCAGCGGCAAGUCCGGCGGUCCGCCGCGCGCCCAGCUGACGGCCAAGGUGAUGUUCGGGACGGUGGGCGCCAUCAAGGAGCUGCGCGACAAGGAGCAGCAGCAGCAGCAGCGGCAGGCGACACGAGCGGGCGAGAGGCGCAACUGAGUGAGGGGCGGGGCGGUCCAAGGGGCGGGGCGGGACGAACGGCCGCUGGAGCGGUCGAGUGCUGUGCUGUGGGUUGUCGGCGGGGGAUCUCUGGCUGAUCGGAAGGAGGAUGACACGGAGAUUUGGAUUGAGCAUAAAGAAUUCGCGGAACACCAAACUGA